GAAACCAGGUUAAUGGUGACAUGAUGUACCACUUCCAAGAUGGAGACACCAAAACACCAGCAGCUUUCCUGAAUGAGCUUACACCUGUAUUGGGGAAUGUCCUGAUAUAUAUUCGUCUAAUUUUUAAGAACUUCAUCAGAAUACUUAGUGAGGCUGAUGUUCUCAAUGCUGCUAAUGCUCUUUUGCAUUCAGCUGAGGAACCAAACAUAUGAUUUAAUCCAAAACACCCUCAACAGCUUGCUAAAUGAUAUUUUAAAUGCGAAAGAGGCCACUUCAUUUGUCUUCCCACGGGCAAACUAUGAAUUUAAUGGUACAGAAAUUGUGGUUGAUUCAGAACACACCUUUGUGGAAAGUGACAUCAAGUGGACACCAAGUGAAUUUCUUUCUGCAAUACUCAACAUUAGAGUAUCAUCUACAACGGCUUCUCCAGUGACUACAAAACUUGUUGCUUUGACUUUAACGUCAACUCCAUCAAUAAUAUCUGGUUCAGCAGUGGUUCAGACCAGGAUGGUUUUCAGUUCCACCUCAUCAAUUCCCAGUAAAAAUUUGGUCCUCAAUUCAACUGAGACUCUUCUGAGUGCUAGACGCACAAACCUCGGUGACUCUGUAAAAGUGAUGAACUUUACUUAUGAGAGUGAAUUGGGGAAGGUGCUGAUAUAUAUUCGUCUAGUUUUUAAGAAUUUGACCAGGGUACCUAGUGAAGCUGAUGUUCUCAAUGCUGCUAAUGCUCUGCUGGAUGCAAAGAUAAGAAGAGCACGAGAUCUUGUAACACAAAAACGUGAUCCUGUGAGCAUUCAGGAUGUCAAAUAUCAGCAAAUUGAUAACAAAUCAUACAUUAUUAGCUUUGGAUUCAAAAUCAGCAAUGUGACCAUCUCCAAGGACAUUCAGCUGAGGAAUGAAACAUAUAAUUUAAUCCAAACCACCAUCAACAACUUGCUGAACACUAUUCUGAAUGUCAAGGGUGCUCCUGAAUUUGUCUUCCCAUUUGCUAACCUCACGUUAACUGGUACAGAAAUUGUGGCAAAUUCAGAGUACGUCUUUGUGGAAGGUGACACCAAGUGGACACCAAGUGGAUUUCUGUUUGCAAUACUCAACAUUAGCGGUCUGUCGACUGUCACCACUCCUGCUGCUCAAACAGAACCUCCUGUCCAUGUAGUUCUGAGGCCCACAGUCCAAGCUCAGAACACCACCACUGGAGGAAAUUCUACAUGGAUCCUGGGCAUCAUUAUCCCCUGCAGUAUAGUCAUUAUUCUCAUACCCUGCUGGAUUCUACUUUGUUGUCUGCUGUGUGGCUGCUGUGCUGGUUUAAGGAGGCGCUACAACAGGAGAAGGUCCUACAACGUCCAAUAUGCAACACGAAAUGGACUCUUUUAA